UGUGAACGGUAGAUCACGAUGCCAUUACAACAAGUCACAAGCUGUGGCGUCACUUCUGAUGUGUGUCUGAACACGGAUGUAGUCUGUGUAAAACUAAAGUUAAAACACAGAGGAGGAUCUUUGGAAUGAAAUGCCAAUCGCGAAAAGACUAUCUUACGUGGUGUAGAUCUUUGCCUAGAAGUGGAACUCGUGGGCACGUUUCAGUGUAAUUGUUUAUGUUUACAUCUUGUUCAAUUGAUACGCUGUAGAAUGUAGAGCGGCAUACUUAUUCACUUUCAUGGAUUACAUGCUUUACCAUGGGAUUUGAGCAGCAUUUUACGCUGAUAAAGCAAGGGGCAGAGGCAAAACUUUAUAGAGGCUCAUAUCUCGGAAAGCCUACAAUAGUGAAGGAACGAUUCAAGAAGAGUUACCGCCACCCCGAUCUGGAUGAUUACCUAACAAAGGAAAGAAUAAAAGGCGAAGCUCGAGCUAAUCUCCGGUGUAAGAUGGCAGGUUUACGUACUCCAGCAAUUUAUUAUGUGGAUUUUGAAACCAGAAGAAUAUUCAUGGAAGACCUCCAUCAUUGUGUGACUGCGAAAGAUUUCAUAACGAAUUUACAAGAGAAUGGAUCAUCUGUCGAACAUACUCGUACGGUGCUAGGAAAACGGCUGACUGAUUUAGCACAUGAGAUUGGGAAAACUAUAGGUAUUAUGCACGCCAAUAACAUAAUACACGGUGACCUAACUACCUCGAAUAUUCUUUUAAAUAACGAAGGGACUAUUGUGAACAGUUUGGUUUUAAUAGACUUUGGUCUUAGUUACAUAGAGUCAAAUGCAGAGGAUAAAGGUGUUGACUUAUACGUGCUUGAAAGAGCAAUAAUCAGCACGCAUCAAAACGCAGAUUUAUUUUUUCAAGAAGUAGUGAAUGCAUAUAAAAAACAGAACAAGAAGCAAUCUGCUGACGUUUUGAAGAAACUGGAAGAUGUGCGAGCAAGAGGUCGAAAACGGACAAUGGUUGGAUAAUUUCUGUUUGACGGUUAGAGCAAAUUGCAGAACCCAAGAACAAGUAAUGAGACAAUGGUGGCCCUGUGUUGCUUUCCCAGUACUAUACCAAGAAAUAAAACUUGACAUUGAUGUAGGCUUAUGUGGAAAACUUUGCUUCAAAUAUAUAGAACUACAGUUGCAAUUUGAAAUAUUGUAGUAUUUCUGUGACGUAUUACAUUCCCCUGAUUGAGUACCUGUAGUAGUUCCAUUCAAUAUUCAUAUUCCAUAUCUAUUACCUGGACAAGCUCCGUGACUAACCACUCCAACUAAUAAAGUGGCUCGGUGAUUAAGACACUGAACUCACAUUUGGAAGUCAUAUAUAAUUGAAAACUAAAAGCCUCAGGCAGUCCAGAUUUAGGAAUUUUGUGGAUUUCUGAAAUAUUUAAGGCAGCUGCUGUGAUAUUUAUAUUGAUAAAGGCAUAUCGAAUUUCCUUUCCCAUCAUUGUUCAGUCUAAGGUUGUGCACUGUCUUUAUUGACCCUUGAUGAUACUUUCAAUUGUAACCAUUUGGCAUUUCCACCUCUCCCCACAAUAGCUUUAAAUUUGUUGCUUUAUAGUGCCUGAAUUGCGUUUAGGGCUGAAUUUAGAUGUAUUAUAACUUGUCAUUGACCCAUUCUCAUUGUUGAUUAUCUACUGAUGAUAUCUUAAUGGUCUCCUCCUAUACUGCUCACUACUUCAACCUUAUUUUAUCUUAUCAUCACUUAUGUGAAUGCCAACUAUCUCACAAAGUUUCACAUUUCCAGGCUAAUAUGUAUUGCUCCUGUAGGGACUGCAGAGACAGAGUUACAACAUUUACAGAGGCAUUUCAACAGUCAUUCUUCCCAAGCUUCGUAUUCAGUUGAAAUGGAAAAAAACCUUAACAUGUGGUACAUUUCUCAGACGCUCUGCUGAGCAGCUUACAGUUGUUUGCAUAGUGUAUAUAUGUAGGUAUAGGUGUAAGCUGCCACUACCUUGCUGGGGCCUUUUGAGCUGUUCUUAAUCAUGUCUCACCAUCCUCACUCACCUGUUAUUUCCAUAUUUUCUUUUCUGCAACUAACAGUUCUGAGGCUACUACAUACAAAUGUGAAGCCACACUGCCAAGAGAGAGAAUAAAUGUGAAAGUGCUGCAGAUGUAUGUGCUGAUUUAAGUAUUAGCAUUCGAAAACUUAAAGUUCAAUAUUCAACACUGUUUGCCUAUCUUACACGUGACACUACUUAUGUGUUAUAUAUGGUCAUUGACUGCUCACUCCAUAGAUUAUCAAAUGAAUUUAAUAUACCAAUAGCUCAUGUUUACAAGAAAAUAAAUUUGAUGCUGAAAUAAUGAUUUUGACAAUCAUAAAUAAAUUGUAUACAGUUUAGUUAUCACACAAUCUACUACUGAAUGACGUAGUUUGUUGAUUAAUUUUAUUGUCAUUAUAAUUAUUGACCACCUCACAGAUACCUUGCAUAGCCCGUGAAAUAGGGAGGUGAAAUGAUAUGCAAUUAAAACGAUGUUGCAGAUGAGCAAACAUCGAUGUCAUCUACCAGCCCAUUCAGAUGUAGUUUUGCAUCCAAGCAGUUCUGGCUGUCACUGAAAUAAAAAAGGUGUUUAUAUUUUA